ACAACCCAAAAUAUAGAUGCUUGUUAAUUUCGAUUUGACACGUGAUGCAUGCAAGGCUCUCUUUGCCACUAAAGUAAUCGACACACCACUACUAGGCACUAGCAAGCUCCAUCAAGCACGUACGAUGCAAGCAAGCAAAAGUUCUCCGCCGGUACUAAGGAAGAAGGAUGACGGCGAGGAGGACAUCACCGUCGACCUGUAUCCAUUCAUACGGGAAUACAAGGGCGGCAGUGUCGAGCGCUUACUGCACAGCCCAUUCGUGGCAGCGUCCGAGGACCCGGCAGAUAACCGUGGAGUGGCAACGAGGGACGUCGUCGUCGACAAAUCCACCGAUGUGUCCGCACGCCUGUUCCUUCCCUCCGUUGCAGCUGCCUCUGCCGGCGAGAGGAUCCCCGUCGUCAUGUACGUCCAUGGAGGAUCCUUCUGCACGGAGAGCGCCUUCUCUCGGACUUACCACAACUACAUCAGGUCUCUGGCGGCGCGCGCCGGGGCGCUCGUCGUGUCCGUGGAGUACAAUCUCGCGCCGGAGCAUCCUGUUCCUGCGGCCUACGACGAUGCAUGGGCGGCGCUACAGUGGGUGGCCACCCUCUCCGAUCCAUGGAUUUCCAACUACGCCGACCUCGGGCGGACGUUCCUUGCCGGCGACAGCGCCGGCGGGAACAUCGUCUACAACACGGCGGUGCGUGCGGCCAGCGGUGGUGGCAGCCGCAUCUACAUCGAGGGGCUGGUCAUCGUGCAUCCAUACUUCUGGGGGACCGACCGGCUGUCCAGCUCUGAGGCAGUAUGGGACGGCAUCGCAAUGUUUGCUCCUGAGGCCAUCGACAGGCUCUGGCCGUUCGCUACGGCCGGCCGUCUGGGCAACGACGAUCGCCGGGUCAACCCACUCGACGAGGAUAUCGCCUCGCUGAGAUGCCGCCGUGUGCUGGUCGCCGUCGCCGACAAGGACACCUUGCGUGACCGCGGGCGUCGUCUGGCAUCCCGCAUGCGUGACUGCUGCUCAUGGGCCGAUGAUGAAAACGCGGUGACAUUGGUGGAGUCGGAGGGGGAAGACCAUGGCUUUCACCUGUACAACCCGCUGCGUGCCACCAGCAAGAUUCUCAUGGAGAGCAUAGUGCGGUUCAUCAACCAGCGCACGGCGCCCUUGCCGCUGCAACUGCCACAAGUUCAAGAGCUACUUGCAUGCCAAGGUAAGAUGCACAGGGCCGUCCAGCCUGUUCUACGCGUGCCAACCAGGCCGUAUAUGGACGUACAUGGCUACGGGACGGCCAUGAAAGCCAGAGAUGCGGCGACACGUACUAGCUGCUUACACAUUGGACAUGGACGAAGAGCAUCCAAAACAAGCUAUGGGUCAGUCCUGGGGCAUGUUAUCAGGCCAAACAGCACCAACAUGAGGUUCGCAUCAUCAGCAAUAACAGCUCCUUGCAGUUGUGUUUUUCACAACUUCAUCUAGCGCGCGGAUGAUGAUAAUCUACAUGCAUCCAGGCCAGGUGAAACAAAAGAUCAAGGGUAAUGGUUAAGCUUAAGCAUGCUCCAGUAUAAGUGCAAUAAUGACACCCUAUUUACAAGCUCCUUGCUCGGGUCAAAAGAAAUGACUUUUGGGUGUUUUUCUUUCUUAUACAUGAAUGGUGUAUUUAAGGUCUUGAGUUAUGUACUGUUGGUGUAUCAUGUAUUCUCAUAUAUCAAGUUUAUACAAAUUUUAAUCAUAA